UCCAACUGCUUUGAGCCCGCUCGGCUCCCGUCCCCGCGCAGACAUGGCGGCCACGGCGCUAGUGAGCGAGCGGGGCCGCCGGUGCCUGUGGGCGCUGCAGUACCAAAAAUGGAUUUGGGGACAAACAUGCCUGAAAUUUGCUUCAACAACAGAAAGAAGAAACAUAGGGAAGGUCCUCAUUGCAAACCGAGGAGAAAUUGCAUGCAGGGUGAUGCGGACGGCCAGAAAGAUGGGCGUGAAGUCUGUAGCAGUUUACAGUGAUGCAGACAAGAAUUCCAUGCAUGUCGCAAUGGCAGAUGAAGCAUAUUUCAUUGGUCCGGCUGCCUCUCAGCAGAGCUAUUUAGCCAUGGAAAAAAUAAUACAAGUGGCCAAAAUAUCAACAGCACAGGCUAUUCAUCCAGGGUAUGGUUUCCUCUCAGAAAACACAGAGUUUGCCGAGCUGUGCAAGCAAGAGGGAAUCAUCUUCAUAGGCCCUCCUUCGUCUGCUAUCAGAGAUAUGGGUAUUAAGAGCACCUCCAAGGCUAUAAUGUCUGCUGCUGGGGUUCCUGUCAUUGAAGGUUACCAUGGUGAAGAUCAGUCUGAUGAAUGUCUAAAGGAACAUGCCAGGAGUACUGGGUAUCCAGUAAUGAUUAAAGCAGUUCGUGGAGGCGGAGGAAAGGGUAUGAGAAUUGCUCAUUCAGAAAAGGAGUUCCUGGACCAACUAGAAUCAGCCAGGAGAGAAGCAAAGAAGUCUUUCAAUGAUGAUGCAGUGCUGAUAGAGAAAUUUGUAGACAAUCCAAGACAUGUUGAAGUCCAGGUGUUUGGUGACCAGCAUGGCAAUGCAGUCUAUUUGUUUGAAAGAGAUUGCAGUGUGCAGAGAAGACACCAGAAAAUCAUUGAAGAAGCUCCUGGGCCAGGAAUUGAGCCUGAGGUGAGAAGGAAACUUGGAGAAGCUGCUGUCAAAGCAGCUAAAGCUGUGAACUAUGUGGGAGCAGGAACUGUGGAAUUUAUUAUGGACUCUCAACAUAAUUUCUACUUUAUGGAGAUGAACACUAGGCUGCAAGUGGAGCACCCAGUUACUGAGAUGAUCACAGGGACUGACUUGGUGGAGUGGCAGCUGAGGGUUGCAGCAGGAGAGAAAAUUCCCCUAAUGCAGGAAGAAAUUGCACUCAGUGGCCAUGCAUUUGAAGCCAGGAUAUAUGCCGAAGAUCCUAAUAAUAACUUCAUGCCAGGAGCUGGACCCUUACUCCACUUGUCUACACCACCACCUGACAGUUUUACCAGGAUAGAAACUGGGGUCAGACAAGGUGAUGAAGUUUCUGUACAUUAUGAUCCAAUGAUUGCUAAACUAGUUGUUUGGGCAGAGGAUCGCCAAGCAGCAUUGAAAAAGUUGCGGUACAGCCUCCAUCAGUACAAUAUCGUAGGACUAAGCACCAAUAUUGAUUUCUUACUAAGCCUGUCAGGACACCCACAGUUUGAGGCUGGAAACGUGCACACCAAUUUCAUUUCUCAACACCAUGAUGAACUGUUUCCAGCCAAACAGGCAACCCCAAAUGAAAUUUUGUGUGAGGCUGCUCUGGGACUCAUACUGAGAGAGAAAAUGAUAACAGAUGCUUUUAGAGUUCAGUCUGGUGAUAAAUUCUCACCAUUUGCAUCCAGCAGUGGCAGAAGAAUAAAUAUAUCCUACACCAGAAACCUGACUCUCCUAGAUGGUGAAAACCAUGUGGACAUAAUUAUAGGUUACAAUCAUGACGGUUCAUAUAACAUGCAGAUAAAAGAUAAAGCUUUCCAUGUUUCUGGAGACAUUUCUAAUGAGGGAGAUUUGACUUACCUGAGAUGUACAGUAAACGGGAGUGUCUGUAAAGCUAAGCUGGUCAUUUUGGACAACACUAUUUACCUCUUCUCACUGAAAGGGAGUGCACAAAUUGGGCUUCCAAUACCUAAAUACUUAUCUGGAGCAAGUGCAACAGGACCUCAAGGAGGUGCUAUAGCACCUAUGACUGGGACAAUUGAAAAGGUAUUUGUGAAAGCAGGGGACAAGGUACAAGCUGGAGACCCUCUAAUGGUUAUGAUAGCUAUGAAAAUGGAGCAUACCAUAAGAGCUCCCAAGGCAGGAAUAAUAAAGAAAGUUAAUUACCAAGAAGGCUCUCAGGCCAACAGACAUGCUCCACUAGUUGAGUUAGUGGAUGAAGACAUGGAAUCAAACUGAACUCCAAGGAAGGUGCUAUUUUUUGCUUUCUUGGUUUUCUCCAAGAAAGUGUCUUUAUAGUUUGUUCAGCAUUCCAUGGAUAUAGUUACAUGGGCAGAUUAUGUCCACUUCCCCUAAAAACUGGCCAUUACUGAAUUGUAAUAAAAGAUAAACAGCUAAGGGUCUGAUCGUGCAAUCCUUAGUGUAAAAUUCCCAUUGAGCAAUUACAUUUGCCUGAUUAGUGACUGCAGGAUCUGUCCUUAAAUUGGUAUUUUUACAGGUGUUUUUGUAGUGAUUGGAGACCAGCUUCCAAAAUAUUGGUUCUUGCCUACUUUGUCAUUAUGAGCUGCCAUUUUGCCCUUAAAGUUUCCUACAUUUCAGACUCCUUGUCAGGCAAUUUGAAAGCUGUCCGUGAUAGGCAAAUUUAAAUGCGUGCAUAGUAAUAAUAUCCUUACUGAGGCAAAACUCCCAUAAAUGGCCUGAGUUUUGCCUGAGUAUUGAAUGCAGGAUUGGUCCCAUCACAUAUACUCUUAACUAGGUCACUUUAUCUCUUGGUGCUUCUUGUUUGUCCAUUUGUAAAUGGGGAUAAUAAUGCUGAGUUAUGUCACUGAAGGGCGGGGUGUGUGAGGGAGAUUGAAUGUCCAUAAUUAUUGUAAAAUACUUUGAAGAUCUCUGAUGAAAGGUGUUGUAGAAGGGAAAAGAAAUAUUAUUGCUAUAUUCAUCAAAACUGAAUCUGUUUUCAGGAUGGAUUAUUUUAUUUUGAGAGUCAGAGUGUAAUACAGAAAGACUGUACAUUUAUUUAAUAUUAAAAUGUUUGUGCCAUAAUAAAAUACGUAUUUUAAAAUU